AUGGCGGCCGAAAUGUUCAGCGCGAGAUGUGUCAACAAUAUCAAGAAGCUCCUGAAGGAAGGCGACCACGAUGGACUCCAGCGUAUGCUUCAGUGUGUCCGAGAGAGACGCCAUUCAUACAUUCACCAAGGCAAGAAGGACCCAGCUCCCGAUAUGUCCCCCGUAGGUAUGGCUGUGGCCUCUGGAAACAUGGACGUUGUCACGGCGCUGAUAUUGUCGGGCUUCGAUCCAAAUGAACGCUGUGUUGUUGAUAACUGCCUCAAGAGACCUGUUCACAUUGCUAUAUGUGCUGGCCAUGUGGAUAUGGUUAAAUCUCUUGUACAAGACUACAACGUGAAGUUGUACGACCGAGGGGAAGAUUCGGCGUUAUUCUGGGCUAUCGUGAGCGGUUCAGAGGAGCUGGUUGCUUAUCUGUAUGAUAGGGAAGAUGAUCUGACCCUCGAACAAGCAAUAUUUACUGCUGUAGAAUUCAACAGACCGUCUAUCUGUUCGUUCAUCAUAUCUCGUGGCGUGGACUUGAAGUUAAGAUGCCGGAAAGACCUAACACCUCUUGCUUAUGCAGUAUCUCUGGGUAACAUCGACAUUGUUAAAAUGCUUAUUGACGCUGGGUCUGAACUCAAGGGGGUGUUUCCCCGGGGCAAUUGUAUGCUGCAUCUCGGGGUACUCUCCGGCCACCUCGAUAUAGUAAAGUGUCUGUGCACAGUCGGUGUGGAUGUUGACAAACAAAACAAAUACGGCAACACUCCGCUGCACCUGGCUACUAUCUGUGGCAUGUAUGACAUAGCCAGUUACCUCGUCGUUGACAUGAAUGCGUGUCUAACAAUGGUGGAAGUUGACGCAAAGACACCGCUUGCUGUAUCGUUGGUUCUGGGACAUACGGAUAUAGCUCAUCUCCUUUUAGGUGCUGGGUAUCUUCCGACACACGAGGAGGUUUCACGGAUACUGGAUGACAUGGACUUGAGUCUUAAGGUGAGUCUUGAAGAGUUGACACUGUGA